UUGUUGUCAACGUAGACAGAGAGAAAAAAGAUGGAGUUUAUUAAGGUUGAUGAUGGAGAUUAUUACAAUGAGCCGGUGAGUCCUACCGGGCAAUGCCUCAACACCUCGGUGUUAUCCAUGUCAGUUCUUGGUGUUUUGGAAUCUGAGGUUCCAAUCGAUGAAUCAAAGAUCAUGUCAUUCCUUCAGGAUGUCUUCCUCCACAUCAACCCACGCUUCUGCUCCAUCAUGGUUGACGUCGACGGAGAGAAACAAUGGAAGAAGGUUGAGGUGAAGCCCACAGAUCAUGUUCACAUCCCUAUUUUUCCCUCUGAAGUAUUGUCACCUGAGUCUUACGACCUUUAUCUCGGUGACUACAUAUCAGAAGUUGUACUGGAAAAAUACCCAGAAGACAAACCACUGUGGGAAGUUCACAUGGUCAAAUAUCCAACUUCCACUGACGCUGGUAACCUAAUAUUCAAGCUUCACCAUGCACUUGGCGAUGGCUACUCCUUCAUGAGUGCUCUUCUUUCUUGUCUGCAAAGAGCUGACGAUCCUUCUCUUCCUCUAACUUUUCCGUCUCUACUUGUAAGUUAA